GGCCGGAUUGGGCAGUGUUUUAGGUUAUGCUUGCUUCCUGAUACGCCAGAGGUGUAAAAUUUUGUGUGAAUGUGAUCUGUAAUAAACAAGACAAUAUUUACCGAUUGAAGUAAACUCAAAUUAUGUCUUUGGUGAUGGGUGGAGAGCAAAACUUACUUCAAAACACCAAAGUAUCAAACUACGGUCCACAAAGACAUGUAUCAGAUUUUGCAUCGCAGAGUUCGCCUCUGAGAGGACGAAAAGCUAAACGUAUUAGGUUCUUGUGUAAUGGGGACAGAUUUUACAAAGGUGUCGUGAUGGCUGUAACGCCCGAGCGAUACCGCUCCUUUGACAGCUUACUGUCCGAUCUCACCCGUGCUCUCUCUGACAAUGUGAAUCUCCCAAGUGGAGUGAGAAUGCUGUUCACUAUGGACGGGCGAAAAGUGUCACAGCUAGAAGAUUUAGAAGACGGUAAACUAUAUGUCUGUUCUGGCAACGGGGAGACUUUCAAACGGGUAGAGUAUUCAGUGUCUUCUACAAGCAUAACCAAAGUGAAACCUUCAAGAUCUCUGACAAGACUAACUCCGUGUUCAAAUAGUAGUUCCAGGUCUGCCAAUCAUUGUACCCGUCCAAGAAUAAUUGUUAUCGUUAGAAAUGGCACUAGGCCGAGGAAAGUGUUAAGACUAUUGCUUAAUAAAAGAAAUGCCCCAUCAUUUGACCACGCUCUUUCCACAAUAACUGAAGCUGCCAAACUUGACACAGGUGCUGUGAGAAAAGUUUUCACUUCAUCUGGUGCACCGGUGGUAACAUUAGAGGAAUUUUUUGGUGAAGAAGAUGUUUUCUUUGUUUACGGCAGUGAACGCUUGAAUCCUCCUGACGACUUUGAUCUAGAGAUCGAAGAAUUAAAAGCCAUCCAAGCGCAGAGAAAAAGCCUGAGGCGAACUGGAGGGGAGUUAAAAACCGGAACACAUUGUAUUGACGAACUUGGAAGGGGUGUACCAAAGUUACCAAACAAAACAAAGCCAGUGAAGGGAGCGAGGAGACAAGACUCCAACCCCAACAUUCCCAGCAAAGUACUCAGUAGGUAUUCCGUCAGCCAAGUCAUUGGGGACGGAAACUUUGCCGUUGUGCGUCGUUGUUUUGACAAAGUGAAGGGAAUGGACUUUGCGUUGAAGAUCAUUGACAAGUCCAAAUGUGCGGGGAAGGAACAUAUGAUAGACAACGAGGUAGCUAUCUUACGCAGCGUCCAACAUCCUAACAUCAUCAGACUUGUGGCUGAACAUGAUACGCCUCCUGAACUCUACUUGAUCAUGGAGCUGGUCAAGGGAGGUGAUUUGUUUGACGCUAUCACGAAGGCUGUGAAGUUCCCGGAGAGUGACUCUCAGUUGAUGACGCAACAUCUCGCCUCGGCCCUCGCCUACCUUCACGAGCAGAGCAUUGUUCAUCGUGACAUCAAACCUGAGAACUUGCUGGUCGAGUUUGAAGGAGAGAGAGUGAGGUUGCUGAAGGUUGGUGAUUUUGGUUUGGCCCAGAAGGUUGUAGAGCCGCUGUUCACUGUUUGUGGGACGCCAACUUACGUGGCUCCCGAGAUCCUUACAGAAGUGGGAUACGGACUCAAGAUUGACGUGUGGGCUGCUGGAGUGAUCCUGUAUAUCCUGCUGUGUGGGUUCCCUCCGUUUGUGAGCCCCAACAACGACCAAGAAGAAUUGUUUGACGACAUCCUCAGUGGACAGUACACAUUCCCCUCCCCCUACUGGGACGAUAUCAGCGAGUUGGCGCGAGACCUCAUCUCUCACACGCUGCAGAGCAAUCCUGAGCUGCGCUUCUCUGCGGAAGAUGUCCUGGACCAUCCAUGGUUCGAACGGAGACUCGAGGAAUGAUCCUUACAAUUUUAGCUGAAUUUCUGUUCAGCAAAAAAUUUGACGUGUCAUUUAGUUGAUAAUAAAUUUGUUUUUAUCUCUCGGUUUAUUAUUCCGUGUGGAUCGGCCAAAGAAAGUAAGUUUUGUGCAGUAUUUGUAAUUGUGAACGUCUUAAAUAGCCCAAUUUUUUAUUUUUGUUUAAAAUUUAGAGUAAUUGAUUUUGUUUUUCCCUUUAUACGUUUUCAGUUUUUAUAAACAUUCGCGUUUUGUCGCUAAAUUAACACUUUUUUAGUUGAAACUUUUGUUUUUGGAGUCGGUUUCAAUAAUAAUAACUUUAUUUUGCAAAUGCAAUUUAUUGAAACUAUGGACAGAUAUGAAAACAGACAUAUGCUAAUGUGAAAAAUUAAACUGCAAAAGCUAAACUUUUAAUUCAAAAUUUAAAAAGUAAAAUACUUUAAGUUAAACUCAUUUAUUUGUAAUACUUGUUUGAGUAACUUAAAUUCUCUCACCUUAUGUGAAAAAAAUUAAUAAUGUUCAAUCUUUAAUUUAAAUAGUAGAGUUUACAUUAAAAGAACAUAUUUUCAGGGACAAUUAGUGAAAUGCUAGUGUAUAAGAAUCAAUCGGUAAGUGCUAUAUUUGUUGUUCGUCCCUAUUAAAUUGUGAUUAUUAUGUAAAUAAAAAUACCAAAUGUAAGCUUUAACUUUAUUUAGUAUUCAAUGUUCACUUUUGUAAUUUCUAAAUAGUAGGCUUCCAAAAUAUUCUAGUUGUAUUUUUAUAACUUGAGUGCUCAUAGAUAAAUAAUGUUAACCAAAAAGCUGUUCUCAUAAGCCUUGGUAGUUUUAGUAGAAAUAUCAUUGAAUACAAAUUGUAUAGCUGUAAAUAAUAGUAAAUGCAAUAAAUAAUUAGAUUGAAUUGAA